AUGAUCAACGAGUGGAUGAAGAAGGCCACGGACAACCUCAUCAACACCACCAUCUCCACCAGCGACGCCGACGCCCAGACUGACCUUGUCCUCGCCAAUGCGGUCUACUUCAAUGGCGCGUGGCUAGAGCCGUUCCACUCCAACAACACGGCGCCGCGCGCGUUCCACCGCCUCAACGGCAGCUGCACCAAGGCGGAGGUUCAAGGUCCUCAAGAGCUCCCCUACAAGCCCGGGCGGGAGGAGGACGAGACCGGAGCAGGGCCGCCGGCUCGUGGCCAGCUCAAGCGCCGUUGCGGCCCGAGCGGCACCUCUGCCACUGCCAAGGCCACGGACUCGGCGGACGCGGGCGGGGACACGCAGGUACUCCAUGUUCAUCUUUCUCCCGGACGCGCGCGUGACGGCGUCGCGACCAUGGUGGACGUGGUCACCGCGGCGCCGGCGUUCAUGUACGGCAUGUUGGCCGAGAUGAAGGAGGAGCUUGUCGAACUCGAGCUGCCCAGGUUCGAGAUAACCUUCAACUGGAGGGGACUCGAUGCUGCCCUCUGCCGGCUGGGGCUCUCGCUGCCGUUCUCGCGGAAGGCAUCUGGCCUGCGGGACAUGUGA